AUGGAAGUGAGCUGGCUUAGACGUGCACCGGGAAUUACUUCAAGCUGUUUAGCUAUCCUGCUCGGAAUACCAGGAAAUCUCCUGGUUGUCUGCGUGUACCGGUGCAAGUCCACCAGAACCAGCACCCACGUUCUGAUAUGCGCCCUCGCUGCAGCGGACCUCUUGGCAAGCCUCCUCAUCGUUUUCAACCCUCUUUUCCAAAGGCCUCAAUAUUUACAUGAGUACAGUGUUGUCACGAAAAUCCACAUUGCUCUUAUCGACACCCUACAGCUCGCAGGGGCAUUUCUCCUGACAGGCAUCGCAUUCGACCGGUAUGACGCGAUUUGCCGUCCUCACAGGCGACUGUUGUCCAUUCGUCGGGCCAGGGCCCUCGUCGGUGGGUGUGUUGGGUUGUGGGGAGUGCUGACCAUCAUAACUCUGGUUCUCGUGACGCCUAACUCUUCCCCUGGCGACAGACGAGCAUGUAGUGCCAGGUUGCUGGUGGUUAUUUCCUUGCCCAGCACGUUAUGGCUUUGCUGCUUUGUUACUGUCGUCUCACUCUACGCAAUGGUAUACAAGACAGUCCAGAAACAAGGGAAAGUCGGAGCGUCUGUCGUGGAUCAGCCUCGCAUCCCCAACGCAAUGACAGAUGAAGCUAAGGGUGACUCGGACGCCAGACACUUUGGCUUGACAGCAAACUCUGACGCCAUCCCAUCAUCUUCUUUGGCCGGAAUAUGGCUGAACGUGAUGAACUGUAGAGGCACGCCCGUCCCGUACGGGAGUGCUAUUGUGGCAGAUGUAUUAAUGUCGUUCGUUAUGGCUAACAAUUCUGCUAACCCAUUCAUCUACAGCCUGGUCAACGGCAACUUCAGGAAAAGUUGCCUUGAGAUACUACGCAAGACUAGAGCCAAAAUAUGUCGCUGCUUCUGCAGAAGAGUAAUAUGA